ACCCCCAGCAGCGGAACACGGCAUGUUGUUGUUGCCACUAGUUUCCUGGAAAUAAGCCUCCCACUCCGUCACUAUUCACAUCAGCUUCAGUCUCCGACAGCGGAAGUUUGUGUCCAGAAUACCCAGUUAGUUGGUGCUGUUUGAGAGUAGCGGAUUUCCGAGGACCAGCCAUGGGGGCGCAGCGCAGCGAGGGAGGCCGGGACUGGCUGCAGCAGAGCGGGCCGGAGCAGCCGGGACACCCGGAGCACCCGGAGCACGGCCCGAAGCCGUGGAACGUCAUGAUCAAACACCGGUACGUGCAGAGACGAGGACGCCGCUCACACACCGCUGUCAGCUUCACGGACCCCCAGGUGUCCAUGGACCUGCUGAGGGCGGUGCUGCAGCCCACGUUCAACAAGGACAUCAUGGCCGUCUUUGUGAAGUACCAGAAGUUCUUUGAGAAAGCAGCGGAGAACGUGAAGGAGAACGUGGGCGAGGACGUCCCCACGGACCAGCUGAUCAGGGAGGCCUGCAGGAACGUUCUGGAACACGCCAAGCAGCUGUUUCCAGAGGGGGAGGUGAAGAGGGCGGGGCCCGACGCUGCCGUCAAGAGAUCCAGACCCGCUGAUGACGACUGCGUUCAGAGAGGAAGCCCCCUCCCCAAGAAGAGGAAAAGUCGUCCGGCCGCCGUGGUUUCCUCGGACCGAGCCUCCGGCUUCUCUCAGGUGAAGGCUAAAGCGGAGCCCAUCAAGAGGGAGGGCCCUAAGUGGGAUCCCUCCAGACUCAGCGAGAGCAGCACCUUCGUUCUCGGCUCCAGAGCCAACAAGGCGCUGGGGAUGGGCGGGACCAGAGGACGGAUCUACAUCAAACACGCCGACCUGUUCAAGUACGCAGCAGAUGCAAAGGACAAGCAGUGGCUGGCAGAGAGACACCACAUGAGAGCAACAGGAGGGAAGAUGGCGUACCUGCUGAUCGAGGAGGACAUCCAGGACCUGUCCCGCAGCGACGAGUACAGGGACUGUCCGGACGUGAGGAUGGACGAGCUGAAGCCGUUCUCCGUUCCUCAGUGGAUGGCGGAGAAGAUGCAGCGCGCCAUGGAGGCGCAGAGAGACGCUGACCCUUGACCCUCCGGCCCCGGCCCCGCCCCCGCGCUGCUCGGGUACGCAUAGACGUAAACGUAGACGCCGCAUCGAGUGUUCUUACUGCUGCUGCGAUACGUCAACGUCGCCGCCAUAUUGGAUGUUCAAGACUGCGCUGUAAACUAAUACAAGUAAAUGGACU